AUGGUGGGCAGGACGCUGCAGAUGGCCUCCUCGUUCAUGGUAGCGGGUGGCGCGGGCACUCAAGCAGCCGAUCGAUUCCGGAAGUGCCCGCCGCUCCCGCGGCUCCACCCGCUGCGCGAGCCGGCUCGGCAGGCCCUACAGCCUGCCGGACAUGAGGUCACGAGGCCGUCCAUUCUCCGCGCAGCGCACGCCAAGCCGCUGCUUAUCCGGAGCCGGAGCGGACUCUUCUCUUCUAGAGACUGGUCAACUCUGCGGCGGCGGGGCGCACAGGGGAGGAGCUUCCUCUCUCCGACCUGGCCCUCCCAGGCGCUGCCAGCCACCCGAGCCAGCCUUUCGGAGCUCCUCCCUCCCCAGACUUCUCACGCGACGUCAGCGGCGGAUGCCGAGGCGGGGAUGAGGGCCACUGGCCCGCGAUCCUCCCAGCAAGGCUCCGGCCUCGGCCUCGGGCCCGAGAUCUCCGCCUUGUGGCGACCAGACGACGUGUGCCACACCGGCGGGGCUCGGGCGGGGGCUUGGGAGUGGGGAAGUGAGCCAGGGGCGCUCAAUUUGUCUUCUCUCCCCCCAACCCACAAGGUUGGAAAGGUUUUCUUGUGGGGAAAUUUCCUCUCCGCAGCUUCACACCCAGUCAGCGGACCCUCCCACCCAGGAGGAAUCUCCCCUGGUCCCAUCGGCGCGUCUUCCGGGAGUCGCCAAAACACCAGACAGAGACAGAGAUUGAAAAGUAACCUUGAGAGAGUCCCUCCCUUGAUUCCAGCAGCAGUGCCUCCCGUUUCUCGUCCUACACCUGGUCACUACCAUGUCCUGUACCGCGGGUGUGGAGAAACGCAGUUGGGCUGGCACGGGGAGACAUACUGCCUGGUUGGUGGCUACCGGCUCUACGGGGAUGUUCCUUUGGCCACGCCAGCUAAGGUAGAAGCAGAGAAGCCAGUCCCCAGACGUGCUCCGAAGAGAAAGCACUCUCUGGAAUGGUCGGACGAAGACCUGGGUUGCCCCAGACCCAAAAUCCGGCGAUUGGAGCUUUCAAGCAGCACAGGAAUACAAGAUGCUCCUUUGGCCACGCCAGCCAAGGUGGAAGCAGAGAAGCCAGUCCCCAGACGUGCUCCGAAGAGAAAGCACUCUCCGGAAAUGCCGGACGAAGACCUGGGUUGCUCCAGACCCAAAAUCCGGCAAUUGUAGCAUGGUGCCAGGAGGCGGACCCCACAGAAUCUUGCAGGGGCCCCUUUGUGAGCUGAAGAAAGAAAAGUCUAGAAAAAACGGAUAGCUGGGAGGGGAAGAUGGCAGAAGAGUAAGACACGGAGAUCACCUUCCUCCCCACAGAUACACCAGAAAUACAUCUACACGUGGAACAACUCCUACAGAACACCUACUGAAUGCUGGCAGAAGACCUCAGACCUCCCAAAAGGCAAGAAACUCCCCACAUACCUGGGUAGGGCAAAAGAAAAACAGAAAAAACAGAGACAAAAGAAUAGGGACGGGACCUGCACCAGUGGGAGGGAGCUGUGAAGGAGGAGAGGUUUCCACACACUAGGAAGCCCCUUCGCGGGAGGAGAGUGCGCGUGGCGGAGGGGGGAAGCUUUGGAGCCGUGGAGGAGAGCACAGCCACAGGGGUGCGGAGGGCAAAGCGGAGAGAUUCCCGCACAGAGGAUAGGUGCCAACUGGCACUCACCAGCCCGAGAGGUUUGUCUGCUCAGCUGCGGGGGUGGGCGGGGCUGCAAGCUGAGGAUUGGGCUUUAGUCAGAGCGCAGGGAGAGGACUGGGGUUGGUGGAGUGAACAUAGCCUGAAGGGGUUAGUGCACCACGGCUAGCCGGGAGGGAGUCCGGGAAAAGAUCUGGAGCUGCCGAAGAGGCAAGAGACUUUUUCUUCCCUCUUUGUUUCCUGCUGCGCGAGGAGAGGGGAUUGAGAGCGCUGCUUAAAGGAGCUCCAGAGACGGGCGCGAGUCGUGGCUAAAAGCGCGGACCCCAGAGACGGGCAUGAGACGCUAAGGCUGCUGCUGCCGCCACCAAGAAGCCUGUGUGCGAGCACAGGUCACUAUCCACACCCUGCUUCCGGGGAGCCUGUGCAGCCCGCCACAGCCAGGUUCCCGGGAUCCAGGGACAACUUCCCCGGGAGAACGCACGGUGAGCCUCAGGCUGGUGCAAAGUCACGCCAGCCUCUGGCGCCGCAGGCUCGCCCCGCACUCCGUGCCCCUCCCUCCCCCCCGGCCUGAGUGAGCCAGAGCCCCCGAAUCAGCGGCUCCUUUAACCCCGUCUUGUCUGAGUGAAAAACAGACGCCCUCCAGCGACCUACACGCAGAGGCGUGGCCAAAUCCAAACCUGAGCCCCUGGGAGCUGUGAGAACAAAGAAGAAAAAGGGAUAUCUCUCCCAGCAGCCUCAGAAGCAGCGGAUUAAAGCUCCACAAUCAACUUGAUGUACCCUGCAUCUGUGGAAUACAUGAAUAGACAACGAAUCAUCCCAAAUUGAGGAGCUGGUACCUGAGGAGUUGUAUACCUCCGGGAAGAUAUGUGCUCCAGACCCGUAAAUAUGCAGUUCACAGAGCCCACCACCAGAGGACAAUAAUGAAGUAAAAUCUUGAAACCAUGUAGUGAAAAUAGUGGGAGUUUAAAUAAAAGCAACAUUUCACAAGACAGAAACACACAGAGACAAUUCCAUGUGACAACAGUGAAAGAGACCAGAGUGAUGCAGCUGCAAAUCAAACAACUGCCAACACCAGUGAUUGAUGGCCACCACCAGAAUCUGGUUAAGACAAAGAAGGAUCCUCCCCUUGAGGCGUCAGAAAGAACAUGGCCCUCUCAACACUUUGAGUUUGAACUUCUGGCCUCUAGAGCUGUGAUAAAAUAAAUUUCUGUUCUUUUAAGCUAACAAGUUUGUGGUAUCUUGUUAUGGUAGCCCUAGAGAUGACAGUAUUUGAUUCCUGAGCUGGCAACUGUAUUUUGACUAUGUAAUGACUAUUCCAAGAUAAUCAACAGACACAAAGAUAAAGGCAAAACUGAGACUAAGCCCAGUUCUUUUUAUUCCCAGAAUAAUAAAUGAUUUUUUAAUUAAUUUAGAUCUCUUUGUCUAACCCCUCUGCUUUUCAGAAGAGUAUGUGGGACCAAUCAAGUAUUCAUAUGUUAUACUUUCAUUUUAAUUCAUCUCAAAUUAUUUCUAAUUCCCCUUAUGAGUUCUUACUUGACCCAUGAAUUAUUUAGGAAUAUAUUCUUUAAUUUCCAUUUGUGAUUUUCAGCAAAUUUCUUUCUGUUAACGAUUUCUUAUUGCAUUCUGUUGUCAUCUGAGAGCACUCUUUCUAUUGUUUAUGUCCUUUAAAAUGUACUGAAAUUUGUUUUAUGGCCUAGCAUAUAGUAUAUCCAUGUGCAUUUGAAAAGAAUGUAUAUUCUGAUGCUGUUGGGUGGAAUGUUUUAUAGAUGGCUGUUAGGUCUACUUGAUUGAUAAUGCUGUUCAAGGUUUUUAUUUUCUUGUUGAUUUUCUGUUGUUCUGCUACUGAAAGAAGGGUAUUAAAGUAUCCAACUAUUAUUGUAGAA